AUGAGCACGUCUUCACCCCAGGUCAUUCUCAUCACUGGAGCGUCCACGGGAUUCGGCGCUCUUGCAGCCCGCCUACUAGCAGAAUGUGGCCACAUUGUCUACGCAGGCGUAAGAGCGCACGAGAUCACCGAGAUAGCAGCUGCCAGAGACUUCGCGACUCAGCACAAAAUCGCACUUAGGACGGUCUUGCUCGACAUCACAGAUGAACAAAUAGUCAACUCCGCAGUCAAUCAAGUCCUGCGAGAUCUCGAAGCGGAAAAGAAACCCAAGACGAUCGACAUCGUCAUCCACAACGCAGGGCACGGCUCCAUUGGCCCUGCAGAGGCGUGGAGACCAGAGGAAAUGAUGAAGUACUUCGACAUAAACGUGCUUGGUGCUCAGCGUCUCAACCGUGCGGUGCUGCCGCACAUGCGCAAAGCUGGGAAGGGGUUGUUGAUUUGGACCUCGAGUUCAAGCACCAGAGGUGGCACUCCACCUUUCCUGGGGCCGUACUUUGCAUCCAAAGCGGCGAUGGAUUCUCUCGCUGUCACGUAUGCAGGCGAAUUAACGAAAUGGGGCAUCGAGACGUCAAUCAUCGUUCCUGGUGCGUUCCCGAGAGGGACCAAACAUUUUGAGAAUCUGGGAAAGCCAAGAGACGAGACUGGAAUUGAGAAGCAAUAUAUGGAUGGGCCUUACAACGGGGUUCCUGAGCGGGUUGUAGCGGGACUAAUGGCGAUUACCCCCGAGGAUGCAGACCCGGCAGAUGUGGCGAGAGCAAUGGUGAGAGUGGUGAACUUACCACACGGCAAGCGACCUUUCAGGGUACAUGUUGAUCCGAUUGACGAUGGUGCUGAAGUGGUCAACGGAGUGGCGGAUCGAAUCAGAGGAGAGUUCUUGAGGCGUAUCGGGCUUGACGAUACCCUGAGACCUAAAAUCUGA